CUUGACUGGUCUGAAGUCUGUUAGGUACUGAGAUUUUGACUUUUGUGUUAUCUCUUCAUCCGCUUCAACCAAGUUAUUGAACACAAUAUAUAUCUCUUGACCAUGUUACUAACUAUAUACAAUUUACCUCCCAAAGUGCGGUACCAAGAUAUCAAGACAAUAUUGACCACAAAAUGUGGUUUAAAUGAGUUUAUAUUGGAUAAUUUGACGGCGCAUACUUUAAAAACGAAGAAAGUGACAGUAGGGUUACCGGAGGAAGAAGAUGCGGCGCUUGUAAUGAGAAAGAUAAAUGGACAUAACUUUGAAGGAAACUUUUUGGUGGUGGAACUUUUGAAAAAAAAGCCGGCCAACAAUGAGGAUGAAUUAGUGAAUCAAGUGAUGUCUACCUAUAAUAAUAUGAGAAACUUUCAAGUGAAUGACCAAGACGCACCUAUAUUGAACAACCCGUUUGGGUUGAGUCAGCAACCAACACUACAGCAACCGUACUACCAGCAAGCCGCAGUCAGCGCCAUCCAUCAAUAUGGUUUCGGACAAAACAGUUUACAACAAAAUCAUUCAGCAUCAUAUUACUUCGGAACUGGUAUACAAAGUCAGAAUGUGUUUGCCAACUAUGGGCAUCCGCAACAAAUGGCGAGUCAGUCGUCACAGCUGAUGUCGCAGUCGUUCGGCAAUUACAAUCAAGAAGCCCCGCUCGGGUUCGGUCAGCCAAACACCUCAGACGUGUGGCUAACCCAUAGCAAUCAGUAUUCUUCAGGUAAUGUACCUGGUGAGAACAAUCACUCCCAGCGGCGCAAAACGAAAUGGGACAACUUUGAUAACAACGCGAGUGGUUCGCGUGACGCGCACGGUCGCGACCGCGAUCGGAACACUUCCUCGAACAGUUACGGUCGCGAGCCGGCGCGGCCGAUGCGACGCCCGCCGGGUGACUGGCGAGACCGUCCCGGCAAUCGUACAGGUCCACAUGGUGAUGAGCCCCGAGCCCCCGCAUCUAACCGCCGCGAGCUGCGCGACCUCACCUCCAGGGAUCCUCGGGAUUACAUGCCAUUGGCUAAACAACGAGACCUUUACAAAGUACGGCCCAAACAGACGCCUCAAGUAUUCGGGAAACAUGUCAUUAAUCCGUAUCACGGCUCGCAGGGUCCCAGGGCGCCGGUGCCCAGGCCCAGCCGGCCGCGGAACAGAGGCACAGACAUAAAACCCAGAGAGGGUGUCAAACGAGAUUUGAAGGAGAAAACUGAACAGCCGGCAAAGCGUCCUCGUGAAGAGGCCGAUAUUGACCCGUCUAAACCUGAGGACAAACCCAAGGAUCCGAAGAAACCCACGGUUCCAAGUCGCGCCGUGACGUGGCGCGCUCAGCUCGCCUCCGCCUUUGCGCGCGAGAUCCUGAACAACCCUGAAAACAAGACUGACCUAGACCCAGAACUGGUUCUGAUUGAAUUGAAGGCUGCUAUUCGCAACCGGCUGGCCUUGCUCGUCGGCACCGACUACGAAAUGCGCAUGAACGCUAUGGGAGCCCUUUACAAGUUGCACUACAGCGAGGAGUCCCACAGAGAGCUGUUCGCCAAGAUAACUGCGGACAUGAACAAGCUCAAGGAUUGUCUCGGACCCGUCGACCCGGAUGGAGCAGAUGCACCUGCACCGGAACAGCCAGUAGAACAACAGCCUGUGGAUGAUGACGUCAUGAUAGUGGAACCGGAACCACCCUCUCCCGAGGCAACGGGGCCGGCGAUAUGCGCAGAAGAUGAAAACGCUGACAAGUACAAGAAUAUGGAUAAUGAGCAAAAUAUAUUCAGGCAGUUGGACGAGACGAUAUCGAAGGCUAUGGACGACGAAUUGGAUGAAAUGUUUCACGAGAUUUUGGAAGAGUUUGAAAAAGAAUCGGACGUGACUUACAAAGGUAUACUCGAAGAAGUUAAGAAUGUAACGCUCACUCUGAAACAGGUAAUAAAGUCGAAUAUAACCAAGCGCUACCUGAACAUUGGGCCUAUUGUGGUAAGAAUCUUCGCGACACCAAAGAUCUGUAAGACGAAGCUCGCGCCAGUCCUUGAGGCAGAAGGUAUCACAAACCUCUGCAAGACUAGCAAGUGCUACAUCGGUAUGUGCCAGUCUUAUGAAGAGCUGGAUAGACUGUGUGCUAUGAAAACAUUAGUUGUUGAAAAUUCAUCAAUAUCAAUGAAACCUUACCACCUGACUGGUAAAAAGAAGAAAGUGACCAGAGACGACAUUCUGGCUCAUCGCAAAGCCAUCGCCGAUAGCUUCACGAAGUUCGCUCAAACACAGGAGAAACUAGUAGGAAGUAGUGCAGUGCAGAGUGCUGAGGAUAAGGUGGUCGAGCUGAGUGAGGACAACGCUGGGGUAACGGGUGACGGUGCUACAGAUGAAGGAAGCUGUGAACAAUCAAAAGUCCCAGUCACAACUAAUGUCGACUUGACCGAGAAUGAUUCAAAUAGUCAAAAUGAUAACCAAAACGACGAGAAAACUGAAAAUGAUGAGGAAAGCUCAGCUAUAGUUGUCAAACAAGAAAAUGCUGAAGAGGAAAUAAAGAAUGAAGAAGACAAUGAACAGUUACAACACGAUAAAGAGAACAUAAUUCAAGAAGGUGGUUUAGACACAAACACACAGACAAUUGAUGAAAAUAAUAUGAUUCAAGUCAAACAAGAAAAUGACGUACAAACCGAAGAAAAUACUGUAAAAGAAGUAGUAUCACAGGAUUCAAAACAGUUGUCUCAAGGCUCAGAUGAUUCCGUUGGCAAUGGAGAAUUAAAUGACAUUAAAGAUGAAGGUCCCGUGUACCCUGACAAUUGUGAUGAUAUUGAUAUGCACGAUCUGAAUGAAGAUGAUUUGGAAGACUGGUAGUUAGGAACACACUAUUUAUUAGAAUAGGAAGGUUGAAUAAAUAAUAGUGUCGAUUCUUUUUAGUACGUAACAAGUGUAAAACAAGAAUCACAAUAUAUAACAAGACAAAAUGAAACAAAAAAGAAAAUACAAUACAAUACUAUGAGAUCAUAAAAAAACUGUUAAAGUGUGGAAGCGAGACGCCGCUAUUGGCUACAGAGCGCUCUCGCUUACACUUUGCUAUGACAAUUCUAAGGGCCGACUUUCAAAGCAAUAUUAUUGUAUUCAUAAAAGAGUGUCGCCGUUCUAAACCGCGUUUUGCUCUAUCUUGCUAACAUUGGCUACAACCCAUAUGUAUACAUAUAUCCUUAUAUUAUAAGGUAGGACAGCCACUGUCCUACCAAUUCGUUGUUUUGCCAUACAAAUGAGUUGUAGGAAAUGAAGAAUGGGGAUAUGAAAAAUAGAUGCAGUCCGGAUUCUCAGACCUACCGAAUAUGUACACAAAAUUUCAUAAGAAUUCAAUUACGUAUACCGUAAGAGUUAAGAUCUAAAAGAUCCCAUAUCACUGACAACCUUCUGACGAACUAAAUUAAAUUCCAUUUGGUUAGGUACCUAAAAAAAGUAUCAUACAACAUUGGUCUCUUUGUGUAAACAAUCAGAUUAAAAAAACCCGACUUAAAACAGUAUAACAGUCGUUUAUGUGUUUGUAUAUAAAUAAAGUUAGACUGAGAUUGUUGUCCUUUUUAAGUACCAAAUGAAGCAUUGGCGAUUGUAAUUAAAGCCGAUGUUUAUACAAUUACAUGUAUUCACUACUUACAGACUUAGUAAUUUGUAUAACUUAUUUAUUAGAUGUAAUUCAGACAUGUAAUACCCUAUUUUCUGUAGCGUGUUGUCCAAUAUAUAUAUAUAUGUUACCGCCACAAAAUCGUAUAGCUAAUAUACAAUUUCUUUCCAACUAGAUUAAUAAAAAUAAAAAAUGUAUUUCAUACUUCAUGUAGUCCUUUGUUUUCAUAAUAAAAUUCAAUCUGUCUGUACGUAGAAUCUUAUUCAAUAGAUGGAUGUUAAAAUAAUGAAUAUAAGUGAUUAUUGGUUACAUUAGUCGUAUAAAAAUAUAUAACCAAUCAUCAAUAUUGUACUGGAUAAAAAAAAAGUUUGAAGUUUAUGUUAUCGGACCCAAAACACACAAAUUAAGUUAUAGCUUGAGAAGGCCUUUAAAAAAACAUCGUUGUGUUGUAUUAAAUUAUUAUUAUCUCUAUGAUUCACUCUGGUUCAUCAACUUUUAUAGUCCAAUGAUGCAGUCACAGCCUGCGCUGAGGCUAACAACAUAAAUCUCUCAAAGAGGACUAGAGAAUAAAUGAGUGUUACUCUGCAUAAUUUAAUUAUAGGUUAAUUAGACAAUUAUUUGUUAAGCAUAUGAUUGUGAUUACUGUUUUUUAAGUUUUUUUUUAAUAAACAAAUACGCUAAACGUAAAA